GGAUCUGAAUAGCCAAUUGCUGCUAUAGGUACCAGGGUAUCUAAUGCCACUCUGUUUUGAAAAUUUGCGCAUGUGUUGUUUCACGGUAGUUUCACCAUGACAACAUUUCCGGACAACUGCGCCCAAGGAAGUGAACUUCAUAUAAGGAAAAUGAAAAAAACAUUCCUUUUGCCUUGCAUUAUAUAUUAUCUUACAGUAACAGCCUCAUCAAAUGAAGAUAUUAAAGAUUUAAAUUUUUUUGAUGAUGUUCCAACUGGUAAAACUUAAUUUAAUGAUAUACUUUUUCUUAACUAUUUCCACACAUAAGCCAUGCCAAAUGAUUAUCAUGAAUCAUGGCAAUGAUUAUGCUCAGCCAAUGAUGAGACCUAACUAUUUUAAAAUCAUAACAUAUAAUUUGUAGGCCUACUUUACUGUACAAGAAAUUACCACUUGGUUUCAUGCACGUUUUUCAAAGCUAUUACAGUAUUACUAUUAAUAUCAUUAAAAAGAAAAGCACCAACCUUUUGGGGGGGGGGGGGGGGGGGGGAGGGGGGGAGAAAGAAAAUAAGUCAAGGGAGUCAUUAACAUAUGAUCACUUAAUUAUAUUUAUUUCUUUAAGUUCUUUAAGCUUCAACUAGAGGAAGAAAUGCGGAGUUUAAGUCUUGGGUUCGUAGGCAUUCAUUUGAUUAGAUUAGAUUACUGUAACAUUUUUUUGUGGGGUUUACCUCUAAACCUAAUUCAGAGACUCCAGAAGGUAUAAAAUACUGCAACCUGCAUUGUAUCGCAUAUAUUAUAAAGAAAUCUGAACACAUUGACAUCAACCCAGUUCUUAAAGUUCUCCUCUUGCUUCCAGUGAGUGAGCGCAUUGAACACAAAUUUAUGUCCCUGGCGUAUAGGUGUAUGGAAAGCUCUGCACCUGUAUAUCUUCAAAAAACUGAUUUCUAAACAUGACAUGCACACAUACAGAGCCUGCUCUUCUCAACACACUCUUUACUGAAAGUUCCCAGUGUGGAUGGACAGAAAUCAUAUGGAGUGCCCUCUUUUGAAGCUAUUGCGCCUAAAUUGUGUAGCAGUUUGCCUCAAUCUUUGAGGGAAAGCGAAAAUGAUAAAAAGUCAUUUAAAAACAAUAUAUAGACUUUUUCUUUAAAUAGAUUUUAGGACAUCAGAGCACUGUGAGCAUGCUAAAAUAGAAAGCACACAAGCGCUAUAAAAGUACUCAAUCAUCAUCAUCAUUUGAUCAUAUUAAACUGACAUAACAAGAUGUGACAUGAUCUUGACUGCAAUUUGAUGAAAUCAAAGCUGCACAGAACAUUUUUCAGCCUUUUAUGACCUCCGUUGGUGGCAUUUGUCUUUUAAUAAUAUACUAUAUAUUAAGUAUUAUUAUAUUUAUAAUAUAUUUAUAGUAUAUUAUAUAGCACAUGUUAAUCUGUUUUGAAUUUCUUAAGGGUUGAUCACCUAUAAUUUAUUUUAAUUGUUCUCAUAUAGUGUAUUAAAUACAUAGCUUAGAUAAUUUAGGGGCUGUAUAUACAUGAUGUCAUAUAAUUUGGCACAUUUUUUUACCCCCACUCCCCAGAAACUUCAUUUCAUUUUUUUUUAACCAAAAAAAAGGGAGAUGGGGGAUGUGCAAAGCCAAAACUUGGCCGGCUAGUUGAGUUAUUAAUUACUGGAGGCAAGGCACCACAGUACAUGUCAAUUUAAAUAAGAAUUGUCACAUUGUGGUUUACGUUUUAUAUUGAUAAGACAAGAACAGACAGAUGAAACCAUUAAAAUUAAACACCACACUUUUGAAAAAGUAAAUCAAUUCAGAUACCUAGGAUCUUUAUUAAAUGAAAGAAAUGAAUUACUAACAGAAAUAUAAAAAAAAUAAUAUUGCUCGGAAACAGGGCAUACUUCAGACACUUCAGUUGUCCAAAAAAUACUCAAAAGUAAAAACAUAACAAGAAAACUUGAUAGGAUGGUCUGUUACACCUAGUAAAAAUAAAAACAAAAAAUUCGGGAGGGUUGGGAGGGGGUGGGGGUCGGCACUGCUCCCCUCUCCCCACCCUUCCCAAAUAACGUCCCUGCCACCCCUCCAUCAGAUAUAUGUCAAAAAAUUUAGACUUCCUUUUCUUUUAAGACAUCAUCACCAAUUCAUGACACCCUCCUCCCCUAUUUGCAUGAAAUCAUUUAUUUUAUGGAUGGCCCCAACCUCUUAGGCAUGAAUUUAUUUUGUAAUGUGAUUGCAAGCAUAAAUCAAGGUCACUAUAAUGAUUUAAUCCAGCAGACUGGCAGAAUUCAAAUUUGUACUUCUUUUUGGCAUGUUUAACAUGAACACAAAAUAUUGGCCGACAUCACCAAAAUAAUUAAACAAGUAAAAAUUGUCUAAUAUGUGACUGAGAUAAAAAAAUAAUAAUAAUGUAAUUUUACCAUUGUACUUUUUUUUUGUAAAAGAUUGGUAACAUCACAUUGGGGUGGUAAGUUUUAUUUUAGUUUAGUAUAUUGAAAUGGAUCUUAAAAAAGUAUGGCAUGACAUCAAAUGUGGAUAGACAAAAUAUUUUAAAUUAAUCUAACAGGUAAUCUUUUUUAUGUUAUGAUGAAAUAAGGUCAAAUUUUCACUUUAUACUUUCAGAGUUGCGAUGUAGUGGCUGUCAACUAACUGUUAAAGGUUUGUCCUUGUAUUUUCUUUAAAGAGCUAGCUAUUUUUUUCUUCAAGCAAAAUGAAUUGGAUUUUGGAAAUUUAUAAAUUUAAAUAUAAUUAAGGAACCACAUCAAAAUGCCAUAAAAGAAUAUCAAUGCUAUGAAUGUACUUUCAGCAGUUUAAAUAAAAAUGAUUUUAUUUAUAAAUGAUAAAAACCAAUCAAUCCUGUAACUAUGAAAUUUUUAUGUUAAGCAAUAUCCAAAGAAUAAAUAAGAAAGUAAUGAGAUGAAAAGCACAUUAAAAGAUUUUGAGAAAAACUAUUGACUGCACACUUGCUUACACCCAAACAUGCCAGAUGCUAUUGACUUAAUGUAUAAUCUGUGCAGCGCAUCACUCGAGGACACAAAAACACCCGGCAAAAAAAGCACCUGAGCAUAUGCAUAUGUCUCCCAGGAGUGUCCGUCUGUGAUAACUGGGCUCACACUGCUGACAGUUGAAUGUUCAUAUUGUAGCAUUGUCCAGUGCAGAACAUACUUGUGACAAGUGAACAAUCCAUUUAAGAGAAUACUUUUUAAAGUGCAUUCACUUCUUGAAAUUUUUAGAGGAAUCUGUUACCUACAGCAGCGCAGCACAAUGUUAUGAUGUUCAUACUUAAUUUAAACAUUUAAUUUUUUAUCCAAAUAAUACAAAAUGUAUAUAAUUUUUUUAGUUUAUUUUGUAUUAAAUCACUGUUGAAAUAAGGUGAACACCUUUCCACUGUGUUCUACAAAUUUAAAAAAGGGGUUACAUCCUUCUAUUCUUUAGUUUUAAAUGGAAUAUUACUGAGAAACAAGGAAGGACCUAUAGAGAAGAGGGUCCAAAAUGCUAUGAAAAAGUUGUGCCAGGAAUCCAAAAUGACCAUAUCUGAAUACAACCCAAAGCUCGUUACAAAAGUAUGCAAAUUCAUCACAGGUAAAGAAUGAUAUGGUCAUAUUUAUUUGUUUCACAAUGUAUUUGUAAAGUUUAGUUCUUGCUAUGUUUUCUUAAUUUUAUCCUCUUUCAUUAAGGCCUAGAUUUCUGAUUAUUUCAUCUCCGUUGCUUGCUAGCUUCCAUUGAAAGUUGAAAUCAUUACUUUUUAGUAUAAUUGGUUGUAGCAUGACAUGUAGCAUGUGUGAGGAUGAUGGGAUGCACCUGACUAAUUCAACAUUUGUUGCCCCUGUACUGUUUGCAUGUUUCUAAGAUAAGUUGAUAAAAUAGUUAGGUAAUAAAUAAAAUAGAGUGACAUACCCUGUGCAAGCCUUGCAUUUUAUUUUUAUUUAAAACAUCAAAUAUUCCAGAUCUUUUUAAACUUUCUUUACUUGCAUGUCACUUUACAAGCCAUUGGUGGGGGAUGGGCUGGGGUGUUUAUGGGAGGCUGGAUGAGUAGAAAGUUUCUUUCUCCUGUUCUCUCAAAGUAGAAGGUAACAAACCAUGAAUUGUUUAAUCAAUGUAAUGCAGAUAAGCAUCAACUGGAGGUGACAGAUGAGCUCAUCAAACAUUAUGGUCAGGAACGACACCCAACUUACUUGGAGCUCUCGCAUCGCAUCUGUCUGGAAGUCUUACAUUUGUGUGCCGGUAGCUCAGACUCCCACAAAGAGGUUUGCAAAUACUAUGAAAGAAUAUUGAAUUUCAAUGUUAGGAAAACAUCCACCUCCCAACUGGGCCCUUUUCAUAAUUUUAAAUUUUUAUAGGAUCUCUGGAGUAUUAACUUCUCUGUUACAAAGUUUGAAUUUUUAUGGAUAUCCUUUUGUUUCAAAUUUAAAUAGACAUGCCUAUAUUUAUGUCACUACAAUUCCAUUUAUAGCAUAGAAAUCAUUAUCAGUGGCACUACAGCCCAUUUAAAGACAUGGCCUGCUUUACAACAUCCUAUAGCUUUGAAAUGUAUCCCGUAUUGUGUAUUUCUUGAAAUUAUUCUUUAUCCCAAUUCAUUUAUACUUCUGCUUGUAUAUCAUAUAUCAAUCAAAGCUGAUUGUAGUUUUGAAUACGACCUUGGCCUGUAUUGUUUUUUCGUUGUUCUUUUCUUUCUAGUUUUGAAUUUUAAUUGUAGAAGGCUUUUGCUGUAUUAAUUGUUUUAUGUGAACCAUCCCCAGGAGGAAACGUUGCUUCAAUUUAAUGGCAUGUCUCAGGAUUUCACCAUUAAACCAGGCGAUAACAUUAAAAUUGCCCAACCAGUUGGUGAGAAGUUUCAUCAAGAACUUUAGUGCUAUACACACCCAGUUACUUUGUUAAGAUUCCCAAGUAGUAGCCAAAACUUGAGAUAUUUUAAGUGGAAGGUACAGUUAUGAUCUGGAGAAUCACUUCAACUGCUUAACUUAACUUUUGUUCUAAUUCUGUAUGGUACAAUUUUUUUCUGGAUGUCAAAUUUUUAAGACAAUUUUUUUAUUAUUGGUUUCAUAUUUUUUAUGACCACUAAAUACUCAUUUUACCUGCAUUUUAAAGAGAUUUCCUUAACCGUAAUUAAAUUUAUGAAGAUGACUGCAGAAAUAAAUUUUGUGGCGGCAUUUUCUGGAGUCAUAAUUUUAUAAGAACAUCCAAAUGUUUUAAAACUUAAGUAAAUGGAAAAAGUCUUCAUCAUUUAGAUAUCAAUAUUGGAAGAAGAGUUUUUAUUUAAUAUUAUAUUAGACUAAAUCGCCCUUUUUUCUGUAGUAGCAGUUUAAUCUAUUUAUAUACCUUACUGACUGACAUGCAUUUGCAAGCUUAUUUUUUGGUCUGUUUUUUCGUAUACAGCCCAGGUUGGCAUUUAAAGACGUAGCAAUAAAGUAACCAUCUCAUAAACAUUUAAAGUGACAUACUUUACAAACUCUAUGAAAGGAGAAAGAAAUGAGUGGUCACUUAUUCAUUGAAACUACAACAGUAUUUUGAUUUCUUCUGUUAUGUGAAGCUGUGUGAAAUUUAUCUAAACAGCUACAAUAAAAAGAAAAAUGCUACAAUAAAAAGAAAAAUGCUUCAUAACUUAUAUUACUGUCUUUUCAUCUGAAAAAGUAGUAUUAUAUUAAGGAACCAACUUUCUAAAGCAGUGAGAUAAUGGACAAUUUGUUUCAACUGUGAUUUGUACAAAAAAAAUUUAAAAUCUGUAUCGAAUAUUGUUGUAUUUUUAACAGCAUGCUGUGUUUUAAACUAAUAUAAUAUUUAUAAACUUUCAAUUGGAAAGAAGUUUGAAUAAAUUUAAGUGCAAAUCUUUAUUCUAAGGUGUUUAAUGUGUGCCUUCCAGCUGAUUGCAACCCAUGUUACACCAUAGUCUUUAAGCAUACAUUUUUCUAACAACUGCAUGAAAACAAGUGUGUAAAUUGUGUGCCAAAGAUACAAAGAGAUUACCCAUUCAUAUUUUUACUACACUGCCUUCAACUAUUUAUACUUUCAUUAUUCAUGAAAAUGUAGUAACAAAGAAUUGUAACUGUAAAACCAAAACAAAUAACAAUAGCAUUCAAUAGCAAUAAUUUUUUUAUAAAGAGAGAUGCUUAAACUUAAAGUAAGACAGAAUAACUUAUCACAGUAUUUUAUUUGACACUUUUUUCUACAUUGGUUUUGAAAUGGAC